AUUGAUUUUUAAUACUUUUUCUUUUUAAUUUUCUUAGACGUAUUUCUUAUAAAAGGAGAAAAGUACGCAUCUUAAAAGGUCGAUCAUUUGCGUCCGAAGGAUUCCAGAUUUAGUCAGCAAAAUGAAAUUCUUGGUUUUAUUUGGUGUGACAGUACUGUUCGGAGUUGCGAACUCUCUCAGCAAAGGGGACUGCUGGAGAUUCAAAUCUAUUGAAUGCACUUUUGAUCUUAUUGGUACAUAUCAAGAUGAUUCUUUUUGUGGUCGUCACAAGCAGGAGAUGUACUGCAUUGCCAAUCCGGCAAUUGAAUGCGAUAUGAGUUUCAAGGAUAAAGCUGAAUACCUAAAGCAAAUCUGGGAAAGGAUCUGUGAAAAAAACACGCACAUCCAUAAAGAACUGGAUGCGAAUGUUGAGUGUUUCAUGAAAGGAGUUGCAGAACCAAAAUGUACCAAAUCAGUUGCAAAUCUAAUGAAAGAGGAUAAAUACGAUGACAUGAAUGACCUUCAAAAGGAAGCUUGCAGACAUUUUGAAGAAACAAAGGAGUGUCAGCUUCAAUCCAUAAUAGACAACUGUGGAAAAAAUGUUGCAACCCUUUACAAAACCGUUUUUGGCCCAGUGGCAGAUGUUGAACGAGCUGUAUGUGAUGAUGUCAUUUUACCUGCAGAAGACCAUUAUUAUACAAGAAAUCGAACGGCGAGAGCAAUUCGACCUGGAAUAUUUGGACCCAUGGGACACAUUUUUGCUUUCUUGUAAGCAUUAGGCAUGCAUAAUUAAAAGGGUUAUAAAGAUUCAAA